GAUCACUGGGGUACGGAAUAUGGCAAACCGCCAUGCACCAAUGCUGUCCAUCAGCGCGAGCAACCCUCAACCUCCUCCCCCCCCCGACAGCGAGAAACCGUCUUCGCAGCGCCUAUCAACCGUUUCACAGAGCACCACCACGGGUCUACGCGUUCCCUCGAACCGCAAAACCAUUUAUGACCGCCACCUCAACCGCAGCCGCACGGCGGAGCUCAGCCGCGCGAGCUUCGCUUUCCUCUUCGCGGAGAUGGUCACGUACGCGCAGCGCCGAGUUACAGGCAUCCAAGAUUUAGAACGGAGACUGAAUGAACAAGGAUACCCUCUCGGUCUCCGACUACUGGACCUCCUCUUCUACCGGAACAGCAGUAGUAGCAGCGGCACGUCUGGGUUAACGACAUCAUCUUCGUCGACGAGCUCCACCCCCCCGAACAGACCGUUACGCCUGUUACCGCUCUUACAUAUGAUUCACGGCCCGUUGUGGCGGUUACUGUUCCAGCGGGCGGCGGACGCGCUCGAACACUCUGUUUCCCCCGAUACGCCGAACGAGUACAUGAUUACCGACAACGACCCGCUGGUCAACACUUUUAUCAGCGUGCCGCGCGAAAUGAGCAUGCUCAACUGUGCGGCGUUUGUCGCGGGUAUCAUCGAGGGGGUCUGUGAUGGCUGUGGCUUUGAGGCAAAGGUGUCGGCGCAUAACCAGCCGUCGGAGCUGUGGCCUGCUCGUACGGUUUUCUUGCUCCGCUUCGGAGACAGUGUGAUGGAACGGGAGAAGGUCUUGGAACGGGCAGGUGUGAAAUAGAGAAUUUUCGGCUUAAGCAUUAAUAUCAAGGCACGCAGCGGG